CAAAACCUUCCACUCUCCAGCAACUAGCUCUCUCUCUCUUCAAUUCAUCUCUCCCCUCAAAUCCAUUAUCACCACCAAAAUCGAAGUUCGUUCACAGAGAGAUGGAGCAGAGCGCGGCUCCGUGCAGUUCUCUGAUUUCUUCGCCCAAUGAAGACGAAUUCGCCGUUUGCCAAAUCCUGCUCGGUCUCAGGAAGCUGUUGUCGCUAUCUGAAUCGCUCUCCGAUCACAACUGGGGCUGCAGACGGAGGAGAUCCUGCCUUGGCUCGCCUCCGAGCGCUUCAUCCCUACCGGAAAAUAAAAUUGAAGAGGCACGUCUUCCUCUCAAAGCAGAGGAGGAGGCGGCGGCAGUUUCGAGCCCCGAAACGCCGCUUUCCUUCCCCCGCAGCGAAUGCGAUGAUAGGCACAAGCAUUCGUCGAAGAAAAGGUUGAGGGAAGGUUACUUGGAUAUGAUAAACAGACUGACUGAGCGGAAGGAGCUGCUGUCAAGGCAGAUUAAAAAGGCGAACAAGUUCCACAACCAGCUCAAGGCCUACAAUUCCCAGCUCAAAUCAUUCAAACAAGCGGAGAUGAGAAGAGAUCAUGUGCUCCGAUUGGGAGGGGAAAGGGAUAUUGAUCUCAACCGCCCCGCAGAAGAGGCGUUCGGCGACGUGGAGGUAUGUCAGCCGUUUGAUGCGGCCGCGGAUAAACGGGCCAGAUCUGCUGAAGCAAGGAUGAAGAGGAUGAAAAUCAUCAAAAAUAAGUCUAGAUUUAGGAAAUACUAAAUCUUUUCAUUUAUUGUUUUCUUUUUGUUCCACAUUCACCACUAGUUCUCCAAUAGAAUUGGGUAGAAUUAAUUUCUUGAUGUUUGCCAAAAAUAUUGGUUUGAUUGAGAUUGUAAAGCAGCAACAUUUUUGGGUAAAUUUUUGUACUAAUGAAUUUAUCUGCGGAAAGUUUUACUUUUGGAA